CAAACCAAAAAUAACUAGAUCCAUAUUUCAAUUAAGCCAAAAAUAAACAUAACACAUUUUUACCAAUCCAACAAAAAAUGGAGUGUGGCCGGUUCGGAUCAGCUCUAGCCAUAUGCAUAGUUUUGAUGAUAAUCGUAUCGAUCCCGGUCUCAGCUCAAAGACCGAGCCCAAGUGAGUGCUCUCUAGAGAUAAAGAACGGCGUAGCAUCGUGUAAGGGAGUGAUUUUCGGACUGAAUCCUUCCGCCGCAUGUUGUAAGCUUGUUAGAACCUUUCACUAUGAGUGUGCUUGUCCCGUCAUCGAUGCUAAGCUGGCUACUCUUCUAACUGUCAAAAUCGCGACGAAGGGCCUAAGAGACUGUGGUCGGGAUGUCCCUCACAAAUUCCAGUGUGGAAGUUUAUAUUUUCCAUGAAGAUAAAUUUGAUGAAGAAAACUUGUGUGGUUGAGAGAUGUGUGAGGUUAUUUGUAUGUCUUAUCAAUAAAUUUGAACUUGUUUGUAUGCCUCAUAAAUAAAUUUGAGAACUUGUUUUCUCUUUGUUGGUUGCAUAAUUUUCUUAUUAUUCCUAUUUAAUACUAACUAGAAAUUCAUGUAUGGGAUGAAUAUAUAGGUAUAAAUAAAAUAAUAAGUGAUAUAAAAAUUAAAUAAAUAUUAAAAUCUAA